AAUAAGAGUGCAGCACAAGUGAUUCGAUCUCAUGGCGUCUGUUCGUUCCUUUCUCUUUCUGACCGUUUGUACUACAGUCCUGUGUUUGCCAACAUCUUCAGUAACAGGUGAUACAGAGAUUGAUGUAGAUCAUGGAAAAGAUCUGGAUAUUUUUGAAAUAAAUGAAGUGGCAGGACUUGAUCUGGUGGAAGGAGACAUUCUGAUCGGGGAGGGUGAAAGCAGAAACACUAUUCUGGGUGAAAAGUAUCGCUGGCCUACCACUGUGCCGUACUUCUUAGACAACAGCCUUGAAAUCAAUGCCAAAGGUGUGAUACUGAAAGCAUUCGAGCAAUACAGAUUGAAGACGUGCAUCGACUUUAAACCCUGGAAUGGAGAGGCGAACUACAUUUUCGUUUUCAAAGGCAGCGGAUGUUACUCAAAGGUGGGCAAUCGGCAGAUGGGCAAACAGGAGUUGUCUAUUGGGUCAAACUGUGACCGUUUGGGAACAGUAGAGCAUGAGUUUCUGCAUGCGCUGGGUCUCUGGCAUGAGCAGUCCAGAUCUGACAGAGAUGACUACGUCAUUAUAGUGUGGGACCAGAUUCAAGAUGGUAAAGAACACAACUUCAAUCUAUAUGACGAAACGCAGUCGAGCUCACUCGGUGUGCCGUAUGAUUAUGGCUCAGUCAUGCACUACAGCAAAACAUCCUUCAACAAAGGCUCAGAACCAACCAUUGUUACCAAAAUACCCGAAUUUUUGAAUGUGAUCGGUCAACGCAUGGAGUUCAGUGACAAUGAUUUGCUCAAGCUGAACAGAUUAUACAACUGCACUACAUCCUCCACUUUUCUGGACUCUUGCCACUUUGAGGAGCCGAACAUCUGUGGUAUGAUUCAGGGUGAUGGUGGAAACGCUAAGUGGGCUCGUGUACAGACAGUAGAAGGUGGUCCAAAGACAGACUACACCAAUCUAGGACAAUGUCAAGGCAUUGGGUUCUUCAUGCACUUCAGCACAGCCAAGGGAACCCAAGGAGACAAGGCGCACCUGGAAAGUCGCCUCUUUUACCCCAAAAGACGCUCCCAAUGCCUGCAGUUCUAUCAUUACAACAGUGGGGGCACUGAUGACCAGCUAAGCAUCUGGGUGCGCGAAUACACCGCUGAAAACCCCAAAGGAGACCUGAGACUCAUUCAGAAGAUCAGUGGUGGCUUAAAAGACUCUUGGGAACUAUACCACGUGACACUGGAUGUCUCUAGUAAAUUCAGAGUGGUGUUUGAAGGAGUUAAAGGAAGAGACUCCUCAAAGGGUGGUCUGUCUCUUGAUGACAUCAACCUCUCCGAGACCCAGUGUCCUCAACACAUCUGGCAUAUUCGGGAUUUCACCAAACUACUUGCUACAACAGCUCCCGGUUCCAAAAUCUACAGCCCUCGCUUCCUGUCCCCAGAUGGUUACUCAUUUCAGAUUGGCUUGUACAUUAAUGGCUUGACAGACAGCCCAGAUCAAAUGGGGAUUUACCUCCACUUGACCUCCGGGCCUCAUGAUGAUGAUCUUCAGUGGCCUUGUCCAUGGCGGCAGGCUUCAAUGGAGAUGUUGGACCAGAACCCAGACAUCCAACGCCGCAUGAACAACAUAAGGAUGAUCACUACUGAUCCAGAAAAGACCUCCACUGACUCCAGUGGAAAUGUGAACUAUUUCUGGGACGAUCCUCGAAAAGUUGGCAGUCGAGUCACUGACACAGACGGCAGUACAUUCUACCGGGGAUCAGGUUAUGGGACGAGCGGUUUCAUCACACAUGAGCGUCUAAAUAGCCGAAGCUUCAUCAAAGCAGAUGAUGUCAUCUUCCUUCUCUCCCUUGAAGAUGUAACUGGACUACUGGAGCCCCAGUCAAGAGAGUUUCAGAGCCUAGAAUUUGUAGAUCUACAAUUAGAGAUGCAGGAAUCCAUAGGAAGCUCAACUGCAACAGUGGCGAUAAGUGUGUUUGUGGCAGCUGCCAUGUUCCUGGGUAUUGUUGUUAGCGCAAUGAUCUAUGUGCAAAGACGACGACGACAAGUGGAGAGAGACACAGAGAUGGAGCCAGAGCGGACAGAUGGCUAAUCCUAAAUGCCCAUGUACGGACAGUGGACUAAAAAGCUGGCCCCUGUGACAUCACAUUUUUGUAAAGUUUUUCUAGAAUCUAUCCGUUUUCACUGAGCUGGAUCAUAAUUUGUCUUUUGUAAACUUAUGUCCCCCAUUCCCUUCAAAAAACAAAAAUGAAUAUAUACAAAAAUCAAAAUGUAGAAAUAAAAAUGACUUGAUCCAAACAAA